UCCACUCACUCAAAACCCUACGCUCAUUUCAUUCUUUCUGCCACCUGCUGCAUCACCUCACGCCGCCGAGAGCUUCAAUAUUCUCUCUGGCCAUGGAGUCGCGGGAGCUGACGCCGGAGGAACUGGAGAAAAAGAUGAAGAAAGAGGAGAAGGCUAGAGAUAAGGAGCUGAAGAAACUUAAAGCUGCUCAAAAAGCAGCUGCGGCGAAGCUUCAGGCACAACAACCUGCUGCUGCUUCCAAGUCAGAGAUGAAGAAAAAUGCAAAAAAAGAAGCACAGAAGGUAAAUCUCCUGGAAGUUGAUCCAGAGACACCUCUUGGCGAAAAGAAAAAGCUCGCUACCGAAAUGGCACAAAAUUUCAACCCCAACACCGUAGAAAAAUCGUGGUAUGAAUGGUGGGAGAAGUCAAACUUCUUUCAGGCAGACCCCAAAAGCUCCAAACCACCUUUUGUCAUCGUGCUCCCACCUCCUAACGUUACUGGGGCCCUUCACAUCGGCCACGCCCUUACUACUGCUAUUGAGGACACUAUUAUUCGCUGGAAGAGGAUGUCUGGUUACAAUACGUUAUGGGUGCCGGGUAUGGAUCAUGCUGGAAUAGCUACUCAGGUUGUUGUGGAAAAGAAAAUUAUGAGGGAACAGAAAUUGACAAGGCAUCAAGUUGGUCGUGAGAGAUUUGUGGAUGAAGUCUGGAAAUGGAAGAAUGAGUAUGGAGGCACGAUUUUAAAGCAACUCCGGCGCUUGGGUGCAUCUCUUGAUUGGUCACGUGAGUGCUUUACCAUGGACGAGAAGAGAUCAAGGGCUGUGACUGAGGCUUUUGUAAGACUUCACAAGCAAGGUCUUAUAUAUCGGGAUAUUCGUCUGGUGAAUUGGGACUGCGUCUUGAGAACAGCAAUAUCCGAUAUUGAGGUAGACUAUAUAGAUAUCAAAGAAAGAACACCAUUGCGUGUUCCUGGGUAUGAAACUCCUGUCGAGUUUGGGGUGCUGACAUCAUUUGCUUAUCCUCUGGAAGGGGAUUUGGGCGAGAUCGUUGUUGCAACGACUCGAGUGGAAACAAUGCUCGGUGAUACUGCAAUUGCUAUACACCCAGAUGAUCCCAGAUACAAGCAUCUUCAUAGGAAAUUUGCUAUUCAUCCUUUCAAUGGAAGGAAGCUAAAAAUAGUUUGUGAUAGUGUGUUAGUUGAUAUGAAAUUUGGGACUGGUGCUGUUAAGAUAACUCCAGCCCAUGAUCCUAAUGAUUUUGAUGUUGGCAAGCGACAUGAUCUCAAUUUCAUCAAUAUCUUCACAGAUGAUGGAAAAAUAAAUACCAACGGUGGUGAACAAUUUGCAGGAAUGCCACGUUUUAAGGCACGCGAGGCUGUGACCCAAGCUUUAAAAGAAAAGGGACUUUAUAGAGGUGAUAAAAAUAAUGAGAUGCGCCUUGGCAUUUGUUCAAGAAGCAACGAUGUAGUGGAACCCCUCAUAAAGCCCCAGUGGUAUGUGAACUGCAAAGGCAUGGCAGAAGAUGGUUUGAAUGCUGUCAUUGAUGAUAAAAAUCCAAAGUUGGGAAUCGACCCAAAACAAUAUGUUGCUGAAUGGCAGAGAUGGCUUGAAAACAUCCGUGAUUGGUGUAUUUCAAGGCAGCUUUGGUGGGGCCAUCGUAUCCCCGCCUGGUAUGUGGUGUUGGAAGUUGAUCAGUUCAGGGAGCUUGGUGCUUACGAUAAUCGGUGGGUUGUCGGCAGGACCGAGGAAGAAGCUCUGGAGGAGGCUAGCAGAUUGUUUGCUGGGAAGAAGUUCCAGCUUCUCCAAGAUCCAGACGUCUUGGAUACCUGGUUUUCUUCUGGUUUAUUUCCACUAUCUGUAUUUGGGUGGCCAGAUGAUACUGAUGAUCUCAAAGCUUUUUAUCCAACAAGCGUGCUUGAAACCGGGCAUGAUAUUCUUUUCUUCUGGGUGGCACGUAUGGUGAUGAUGGGUAUGAAGCUAGGAGGUGAUGUACCAUUUUCAAAGGUUUACUUGCACCCAAUGGUUCGCGAUGCGCAUGGUCGCAAGAUGUCCAAGUCACUGGGAAAUGUUAUCGAUCCCCUGGAAGUCAUUCAAGGCGUGACCCUUGAAAAUCUUCAUAAAAGGCUAGAAGAAGGAAACUUGGAUCCCAAUGAACUCAAAACCGCAAAAGAGGGGCAGAAGAAAGAUUUUCCGGAUGGAAUUAAAGAGUGUGGUGCUGAUGCUUUGCGCUUUGCUCUUGUUUCUUAUACGGCUCAGUCGGACAAAAUAAAUCUGGACAUUCAGAGGGUUGUUGGAUAUCGGGAGUGGUGCAAUAAGCUGUGGAAUGCUAUUAGGUUUGCUAUGACUAAACUUGGAGAUGACUAUACCCCUCCAAUUGAGAUUGAUCCAGCUUCCAUGCCUUUUAGCUGCAAAUGGAUACUGUCUGUGUUGAACAAAGCUAUUUCUAAAACAGUUGCGUCGUUGGAAUCUUAUGAGUUUUCUGAUGCCGCCACGGCUGUGUACUCGUGGUGGAAGUAUCAGUUGUGCGAUGUGUUUAUUGAAGUAAUUAAGCCAUAUUUUGCUGGCAACGAUCCUGUAUUUGCAUCAGCGAGAAGAUCUGCGCAGGAUACCUUAUGGCUGUGUCUAGAUUAUGGGUUACGAUUACUUCAUCCGUUCAUGCCAUUUGUCACAGAAGAACUGUGGCAGCGUCUUCCUUCUAAGAUGGAUUCUGUUAGGAAAGAGUCCAUUGUGAUUUCUGAAUAUCCAUCUGUCGUAAAGAGUUGGACUAAUGAUGAUGUAGAGGCGGAGAUGGAUAUGAUCGAGUCUGUGGUUAAAUCACUAAGGUCUCUUAAAUCACAGUUGCCAUCAAAUGAGAGGCUUCAGCGGCGAGCAGCUAUUGUUCGUUGCCGCACAAAUGAUGCAUGUGAUAUCAUCAAGGGACAUGAUCUGGAGAUCGCUACGCUUGCCCAACUAUCAUCUCUGACUGUCUUGAGUGAGAACGCCGAUGUUCCAGUGGGCUGCUUGGUGGACAUUGUCAAUGAAUCUCUCUCAGUCUUCCUCAAUCAAGGAAGCGUCAAUGUCGAAGCAGAACUUGGAAAGCUGAAGAAGAAAAUGGAGGAGACGCAAAAGCAAUACGACACCUUGAAGAAGAAGACGAGCGCUUCUGGCUACCAAGAGAAGGUCCCUGUCCGUAUCCGCGAGGAUAAUGAGGAGAAACUGGCAAAGUUGCUGCAAGAAAUCCUGUCGCUCAAGGAAACGAGCGAUCAUCUGGAACGGGAAUCCUAAGAGUAUUUCGAUCUUUAGGUUUUCAGCUCUUAGCAAAAAUAUUGAUGAACACAAGUUCUACCUUGCACUAGAUCAUCAUCUUCUUUAUUAUGUCAUGGUUGAUUUUCACACUUUACUGUGUAACAAUAUUGCUGUGUUUUCGCCACAUACUACUUGAAAACAUAGCCUUUUUCAAUAUUGUAUUUCUAAAGCCAAUUUUGAUUA